AUGCCUGUCAACGCAAAUUAUCUUGUCUGCGAUCCGAUGGACUCCGGACCAUUGCCUGCAGACAAUGGGGAUAUCAUGCUGGGAACAAUGCUGAAGGACCCCAAAAAUAUCCUCAGCUCAUUGAGCACAAUUGACCGAGACUGCGUGGAACAGUACCCGGAGAUUAUCGUGUCUGAGGCAUCAAAUCGGCAGCUCGAGGUUGGGCAGACCCAAUACAUGGGACGGCAGGACGUCGCCGUGCGAUUCCAUUGUCCUAUGGUAAGGCUAGAACGUUUCAAUGACCUAGUGGCCAGAGAAGAGCUCGUACGACGAGUUUACGACGGUCCGGUGCUCUCAUACUGGGAGAACAGCCGACAUUCUCUUACUGGCCGUAAGAAACCAAUAUAUCUCGUCACAGGAUUGAUGAUUGCGACGAAUGCUUCCGUCAAGCUCGUUAGAUGCACCAAGGAACAAAUAGCCGCAGUAGAUCUAGCUAUAGAAUACUCAGGCGAAAUAAUUCUUGCCUACAGCCUCCUAAAGAUUAAUAAUCCUUGGAAACGGGAAGGCUGUGCUGACUACGUGCCAUCAGCGGGACUGAUAUAUGAUGAUGGGAACGGGACUGACCAUGUCGGAACCGCAAUUGCCAUUUAG